AUGACAGACAACGCAGGAAACGCACUGGCCGACAAAGGGCUGCCGGAGAUGAAGGGAUGGCUGCUCAAGUGGACCAACUACAUCAAGGGCUACCAGCGGCGCUGGUUCGUCCUGUCCAAGGGCGUGCUCAGCUACUACCGCAAUCAGUCGGAGAUAAAUCACACAUGCCGCGGCACCAUCUCGCUGCACGGCGCCCUCAUACACACCGUCGACUCGUGCACCUUUGUCAUCUCGAAUGGCGGCACGCAAACAUUUCACAUCAAGGCUGGCACUGAGGUGGAGCGACAGUCCUGGGUGACGGCCCUCGAGCUGGCCAAGGUGAAGGCCAUCCGCGCGAUAGAGAGCGAGGAGGAGGAGGAAGAGGAAACGGCGCAGGUGGUGCCCAGCCAGGAGAUCAGCUCGGUGGUACGGGAUCUCACCGAGCGGCUGGAGAAUAUGCGCACCUGCUACGAUCUGAUCACGAAGCAUGGAGCCGCCCUGCAGCGUGCCCUCAACGAUUUGGAGUCCAACGAAGAGGAGUCGCUGGCCAGCCGCACAAAGAUUGUCAACGAGCGGGCCACGCUCUUUCGGAUCACAUCGAACGCGAUGAUCAAUGCUGGCAACGAUUACCUCCACUCGGCGGAGUCGCAGGGCCACAAGUGGUCCAAGAUGCUGCACCAUGAGCGCGAGCAGCGGCUGAAGCUCGAGGAGAUCAUCGAGACGAUGGCCAAGCAGCAGUCACAGAUGGAGCAGGCCGCCGUUUUGGUGCGCCAAAAUAAACCCGUUCCGCCCAUGGUCUCGUCCAGCACCACAAUGUCCUUGAACGCUGCCGGCGGCAGCAGCUCCAACACGGCUCUCACCUCCGACGACGAGGUGGAGUUCUUUGACGCCCUGGAGCACACCUCCUCGGGCGACAGCACCUUCAUCCUAAAGCUGAACAAGCGACGCAGCAGCUCCGAGGAUCAAUUCGAUGGCCACACAGGCAGCUCCUCGGAGAGCGACGAACAGAAACGCAUCAUAAAAACCAUCCAGCAGGUCUCGCUGGUGAGUGCGCCACGUGUGGCAUCCGGCGGUGGCCACAACAACGACGACGAAGAUGACGAUGUGGAUCGUGCCGCACAGCCCGAGAGCCGUGAGUCGCGUGUCAGCAAUCUACGCAGCAGCAGGCCGGCAAAGGCUCGACGUGAUCGGGUGCCCGACAAGCCCAAUUAUCCGUUGAGCCUGUGGUCCAUCAUGAAGAAUUGCAUUGGCAAGGAUCUCUCGAAGAUCCCCAUGCCCGUGAACUUCAAUGAGCCGUUGUCAAUGCUGCAGCGCCUGGUGGAGGAUUACGAGUAUUCGGAUAUACUCGAUGAGGCCGCCAACUGCAAGGAUGCGUGCGAGCAGCUGGCCCAUGUGGCUGCCUUCACCGUCUCCGCGUAUGCAACGACAACGAAUCGCACGGGCAAACCAUUCAAUCCGCUGCUCGGCGAGACCUUCGAGUGCGAUCGCAUGGAUGAUUUCGGCUGGCGCUGCCUCGCCGAGCAGGUCUCCCAUCAUCCGCCAGUCGCGGCGCUGCACUGCGAGAGCAGCAAGUGGCUGUGCUGGCAGGAGUUCUCGAUGACCAGCAAGUUUCGUGGCAAAUAUGUGCAGAUAAAUCCAUUGGGCGGUGCCUAUGUGCAGUUCCCGCAGAGCGGCAAUCGUUACUCCUGGCACAAGGUGACCACCACCGUAAACAACAUUAUCGUCGGUCGCUUGUGGGUGGAUCAGCAUGGAGAGAUGGAAAUAAUUGGCUCGCAUGCAUCGCAGGGCAACAAAUGCAUCCUCAACUUCAUCCCCUACUCCUACUUUAGUCGCGAGGUGCAGCGUAGCGUCAAGGGUGUCGUAAUGAAUCAGCGCAACGAGGUCAAGUGGGUGAUACGCGGCACAUGGGAUGCACAGAUCGAAAUAGCGCCUGUACUCAAGACCUCAGGCACACCGGACAGUCCCACGUAUACCACGGGCGAGUACAAGGUGGCAUGGCAGCGUCGUCCUGCACCGGCGGAUUCCGACAAGUACUACAAUUUCACGACACUGGCCUGCCAGCUCAACGAAGAGGAGGAGGGCGUGGCGCCAACGGACUCCAGACUACGUCCCGAUCAGCGGCUAAUGGAGCUCGGCGACUGGGAUGAGAGCAACAAGGAAAAGCUGCGCCUCGAGGAGAAGCAGCGCACGGUGCGCAGGCAGCGGGAGAGCGAGGCGGAGCAUGCGGCAUCCGAGGGCAGACCAUAUCCGGCCUACGAGCCCAUGUGGUUCAAGCGCGAGAAGGAGGAGGGCAGCGAGGACUUUGUGCAUGUGUUCAAGAACACCUACUGGACGGCCAAGGAGGCGCAGGACUGGAGCGGUUGCCCCGAAAUAUAUUAAACUUCAGCAACAGAGAGAGGACAGCCUUAGUAAAGAAAGUAAAAAAAAAGUAUGCUAAAAAAGAUUCUUUCAACCAGGAAGCACGCGCGGGAAAAGUAAGAACGGAAGCAGCACACAUUCUUCUACGAUAUAGAACUAUAAAUUGAAAGUCUCUGUAAGCCCUAGCUAAAGCCUCGUUACAACGAAAUUUUGUCUUCUGUUUAUCUUUUGUUUCAAGCAUUUUGCUUGCAUCAUUUAUGGCACAAUCCUUUUUCGUAGACUCUUCCCCUGCAAGUGGAAUCAGCUCCCCGCUCCACUCUAAGCCUAAACCCCAAAUGGAUUCUGUUCCUUUCCGUCUCGUUUUUUACAUUACUUUGUGUAUAUAAGUGCAGAAAUAUAUAUAAAUAAUAAUUAUCUAUAUCUA